AAAUAAAAUAAAAAUAAACUACCAACUAAAUGUAAUGCAAUUCCAUCAAUUCAUUACAAACAUUCCAAGUAAUGUUUAGUUUCUGUUACACUUUCCAACUUCACCAACCAGUAGUUGCACUACAGCCUUCAUUCACAAGGAAAAUAUAUACACAACAUAAAACAACCACACUAACUGCAAAACCACCACCAGCCCCCACCACUGCUCCGCCCUCAAACCACCACCCAUGACGACACGUCACCACCACCAGAUCGACCUCCUCUUCCGCCUCGCACUAGCGGCACUGCUGACACUAGGUGCAACACGUGUGAUACUGGAUAAUCUGAGGAACAACAACAAUAAUAUUCUUCUCCGGCAUAUGUAUACAAUAAGAGUGCCUAUCGAAGUUUCCGAAAAGGAAACCAUUAAAGAUAAUUGCAACGUAUUCGAAGGCAAAUGGAUUACGGACAACACAAGUUAUCCUCUGUACAGUGAACAAAGCUGUCCGUUUUUAGUUAAACAGACGACUUGUCUGAAAAACGGGAGGCCUGACUCUUUCUACCAGAAUUUGAGGUGGCAGCCUAAUGCAUGCAAUUUGCCGAGGUUCGACGGUUUGAAAAUGAUUGAGAUGGUGAGGGACAAAAGGCUGAUGUUUGUCGGAGAUUCAGUGCAACGAGGCAUGUUCGAGUCGAUGGUUUGUUUAGUUCACUCUGCAAUUCCUAGUUAUGUAAAGACAUCUCUUCAUAGAAUACCUCCAAGGAAAGUUUUCAGAGUAGAGGAAUUCAAUGCGACAAUCGAGUAUUAUUGGGCACCUUUCAUAAUCGAAUCUAUAUCCGACCACGCUACGAAUCACACUGUUUCCAAGCGUUUGGUGAAACUCGAUUCAGUGGCUAAACAUAGCAGAGAGUGGGAAGGGGCGGACAUUUUGAUCUUCGAGAGCUACGUUUGGUGGAUGUACAAACCCACCAUAAACGCUACAUAUGGAUCUCUUGACAACAUCCAAGAAUACAAUGUGACCACUGCAUAUAGAUUGGCAAUGGAAACUUGGGCAAAUUGGAUCGAAUCGAGAAUAAAUCCACAAACUCAGAAAAUCUUUUUCACAACAAUGUCGCCCACACACUUAUGGAGUUGGGAGUGGAAGCCUGGAACAGAAGGCAACUGCUUCAACGAAACGGGACCCGUUGAAGGAUCAAAGUACUGGGGAACCGGUUCGAAUCUGGAAAUAAUGGGAAUAGUUGAAGAUGUUCUUGCAAAGCUAAAAAAAGUUAAGGUAACUGUGCUUAACAUUACACAGCUGUCUGAAUACAGAAAAGACGGUCAUACUUCGAUUUACGGGGAAAGAAAAGGCAAGCUAUUGACUAAAGAACAAAGAUCCGAUCCGAAAAAUUACGCUGAUUGCAUUCACUGGUGCUCACCUGGAGUGCCCGAUACGUGGAAUGAAAUUCUGUAUGCACUUCUUUUGCAAGAUUAUCGUGCACAGUAAUAAUAGUAAUAAAAAAUUUCUCUCAAAAAAAAAAAAAAAACCGUAGCUUUUAGCUUUAUCGUAAAUAGAUACCGUUUAUCAGCAAUUGUCUAAACGAUUAAUGGAAAAAACUAACAUUCAGAGCAGCUCCCAGUCGGAUUCGCUCUUAACCGAAUGAAUGGUUAUUGAACUUGCCUCGAAA